AUGAAGGUAAAAUAUUUCGAUUUCGUCAUCUACAAUACACUUUUUCGUUCCAAAAGGUUCCUUACUUUGAUAAUCUUUGCAACCGUGCUCUUACUUUUGACUUCGAAAUUCACUUCAAAUGUGGAGACAAUUCAAAAUUCAGACCAGAAAAAGUUUGAUAUUCUUAGUGAAAGAUCGAACUUUAGGAAUCUGAUCUACAGUAAGUGGGACAAUGGUGUUAUAAAUCAAGUUCAAAGCAGAAACUUUAACAAGAAAUGUCAUGCCUACUUCUCAGGGCUCGAUAAGUUGUAUUCGCAUUCUCCAUAUAUUUUUGAUAUUGAAGAAAUAUUAAGACAAGAAUUCAACAACUUGAUUUACAAAGAGCCGAAGUGGUUGAGAAAUGAGAUAAAGAAACAGAGGAGAGAAUUACUCAAACAGGGCCUCAGACUUACCAAAGAACAGGAGCAGCAAAUUAGAGCACAAUAUGAAGCAGAUCUCAAAAGCACGUCCCUAUUAGAAGAGCGGUUGUUCCUGGAAUUCAGUCAUAUGCGAGUAUUUGGAAAAUGUUUCCUAGAUAGUAAACAAGAAGGAGUCUCCGAUGAUGGUGAUUUUUGCCUGACCUAUGCAAGAAAGCUAUACCCCUGGUUGGCUGGAAAUUACCCUAUUUUUGAAAACUGGAAGAGAGGAAUUCUCAAGGACGGCAGGUAUCCACACCAUGUAGAUAAAGAAUUUUCUCAAGACUCGAGUUGCUUUUUAAGUAAUUUGAUAUCUAAGAGUAAUGGUAAGGGAAUAGUGAUACCGAUUUAUCCAUCUGAUUAUAAAAGUCAUCAAAUUCGAAAUAUCAGAAAUUUGAUAAAGGUUUUACGGGCCUUGAAGAACGACCUACCAAUCGAGAUAACUUAUAUGCGGGGAGAUUUGAACGAAAAUGACAAAAGUGCUUUGAUAUCAGAAGCAAGAACUGAAAUAUCAAGUUUUCCUGAUUCUUUUGGACUGUACUUUCAGUUAAAGUAUGGACGUGACAUAUCGAAUCAAUUUAUCUCUUCUAAUGAUUAUCCAAAACAAGAUUUAUGGUUUGCAGACCUUUCAACUGUAAAAAAUUCUAAACAGCAUCCAAUGGUGUCAAAAAGUUAUUUGUUUAAUAGUCCUAGUUUCAUCUUGAGUUUAAGUUUAAUUUUCAAUUCUUUUGAAGAUAUAAUAGUGCUAGAUUCAGACGCGAUUCCUUUGCUUGAAAACUUUGGGUCAUCAUUAUUUCAGAAUGAAGACUACCAGAAACAUGGGACUUUAUUCUUCAAAAAUCCAUCAUACACUUCAUCCAAACCGCGGAUUUUUAAUCCAGGCUACUUUGAAGUAGAGUCAUUCAUUACUCUGCUUCUCAUGCCUUCUAGUUCCGAUGAAAAGUAUUUCGGAAUUUCCAGAAGGUCGGGUGUAGGAGCUGCUUCCAAUCGUGUCUUUGUUGAUCAUUUCUUUCGUUUAAUGGAUCCAUCGCUUAUGGUAAUCAAAAAGUCAAAAACGUUAAGCGGGCUCCUAGUAUCUUGCAACUUUCAGCUAUACCCUUUACUCACUGCAAGGUUUGCCAUGGCUAAGAGUUCUUUGGAUCCUGACUUUAUAUGGCUUGGUCAAGAAAUAUCGGGAGCUCAGGAAGAGGUUGUGUUUAAUAAGAAUUAUGGAGUGGCAGCAGGGAUUUUUACUCCAGAACAAAAUAAACCCAAAUACGUCACAGAAUCAAAAGAAAUAUGUAGCUCAAGCUGGGCUCAGUUAUACGAUAAAGAUGAUUUAACCUUGUUGUAUGUGACAAAUCACCAGUUGCAAAAUUGGGUUGACAAUGAGCUAGAGUUCAGGCGAGAUUUGGAGAAAAAAUACUCCAUCAUGAUUGAAAAUAAUAGUGGAUUUCGAGAGGAAGAAGGGGUUGGUAAUAGAGAACUCUACGCAGAUACAAUUGAACAAAAUCCACUUUUUAUAGACUCUGUUAUUAAGCCGCCAGUUAUCAAAACACCUAUCCACAACACUGAGUUCAACGAACCCAGCAAAGGAUGGAUCGAAUUUGAUGAAUUUGGUGGGGAGGACGGAACAUCUUAUUGGUGCGCCUAUGAUGUUGUAGGUAGUCCUCAAGAGAAUAAAAAUAGUGCCAAGUUCACGUACAAUGCCCUUGCGAGAGCUAAGUUCAGGUAUAUUUUGGAUGUCUGGUUGCAGGAAUUCAAUUAA